UCUCCUGCACACAAACCCACAUUCAAAAAAAGAGCUGAUGUAUUACAUCACAGGGCCACGCGUGUAUAUAUCGGAGGCGCGCGCGUGAGAGAGGCAUUCCAAGAGUUUUGGCUCCAGACGCGUCGCGUGCGGGACUUUAACGCGUAAUGCUGCGUUCGGGACACGGAGCGAUUCUGAUGCAUUUCACAGCCUUGAUGAAAAACACCAGACCGUGGCAAGACGUGGAGAUCCGAGGCUCAGAUAUCACGAGGGAUUGAUGUGUUUUCUGCAUGCGUGCGCGUCUCCCGAUUUACGGAUGGAUAGAUCCGCUGUCUAAAAAACUCUCGUGCACCUCGGAUGCGCGUUGGAUUAAAGCUUGUGUGUGCGUAAACGCGUUGGAGACUUUCCUUGACAUUUGGAGCCGCUGCCGUUCAUUGACACCUUCACGAUGGAUCAUCCGCAGUGUUUGGUGGCCGUGUACCUGCUGCUGCUUUCUCUCGUCCAGUGCCAACACUAUUAUCUCCUCCGACCCAUCCCCAGCGACACAUUGCCCCUGCUGAAGCUGAAAGAGGACCCCGACCCCAUCUACGAUCCCCGAGAGAAAGAUCUGAACGAAACCGAGUUGAGGAGCGUCCUCGGAGACUUUGACAGCCGCUUCCUCUCCAUCACGCCGCCCCAGGACCGCUACUCGGGCAACGAGGACCUGGACGAGCUGGACCUCCAGCAGAACCCCACCGGACUGGUGCCCAAAGACAUCAGGAGUCUGGACUUUGACGUGCAGUGGGGCAAAAAGCGCAAAGCGAGUAAGAAGCUGAAGCGCAGGCUGCAGAUGUGGCUGUGGUCGUAUUCUUUCUGCCCGGUGCUUUACGCGUGGAACGACCUCGGCUCCCGGUUCUGGCCGCGGUUCGUCCGGGCGGGGAGCUGCUACAGUAAGAGGUCGUGUUCGGUUCCUGCGGGCAUGGUGUGCAAACCUGCCAAAUCCACGCACAUAACGCUCUUGCGCUGGAGAUGCGAGCAGAGGAGAGGGGCACUUAAAUGCGCGUGGAUACCCGUGCAGUACCCCAUCAUAACCGAAUGCAAAUGUUCCUGUGCCAACUGAACACAAUAAAGACUGGGAUGUAAUCCAGAAGAUAUAUAUAAACGGAUGCAUGUACUUGACUGAAAACUCUGAUGCAAAAUACUGGACAAAGUUUUGCAAAGAAACACUGUUCACAUUUCUGGACUUAAGUUAUAGAUGUUAUAUUUGAUAUAACGCUUUAUAUUAACUUUCUUUAACAAACAUAAUGCUUAACAGAGCAGUUGCUCAUCCAGCCAAAUGUGAAUCUGUAUUGUCAUAUUUAUCCAGUGCAAACCUAUAUAUAUAUAAUUUCCAAGCCAGCCAUUCCGACUCUCAGUGUACACUAUCCGAUGAUUUGUUAAGCAUUAUGUGACGUUACAGUGUCUGUAAAUACAACGGAAUGAAGUGAUUAUAAAGUGUUGCCUUACAUAUUUUAUGCACUCUCAUGUGUAGGAAUGUAUUGUAUGUAUAUGUCGUGCCAACAUGUAAUGAUCUAGCUACUUGUAAAAAGCCAGUAUUAUGAGUCCUAUCCAGAGUCUACUGUAUUUGUGGAAAAUAUUGGAAACGUUUGUAUUUAUAUUGCGGAGAACGGCCCGCGGAGGCUCUUCAGAUGUUUUAUAUGGUUUUCCAGUCUUUGGGAAACGCCGAUGUGACGACCUCAAAAUUUAUUAUGGAUUUUUAAUGUCUCGCAGCUGUGACAGCUGCCGUACGACGACGAUUUAUCCUGUAAAUGAAGAUGAACUGUUAUUUAUUCUUUAUAUUCAGAUAAUAAAAUAUCCACGA